AUGGGUGACUGGAGCUUUCUAGGGCGACUGCUGGAGAAUGCUCAAGAACACUCCACUGUGAUCGGAAAGGUUUGGCUGACUGUCCUCUUCAUCUUUCGCAUCUUAGUGCUGGGUGCAGCAGCUGAAGAGGUCUGGGGCGACGAGCAGUCAGACUUCACCUGCAACACGCAGCAGCCCGGCUGCGAGAACGUCUGCUACGACGAGGCCUUCCCCAUCUCCCACAUCCGCUUCUGGGUGCUGCAGAUCAUCUUCGUCUCCACGCCCACCCUCAUCUACCUGGGCCAUGUGCUCCACAUCGUCCGCAUGGAGGAGAAGAGGAGGGAGAGGGAGGAGGAGCUCAGGAAGGCCGGACGGCACCAGGAGGACCACGACCCCCUCUAUCACAAUGGAGUCGGUGACGGAGGAGGAGGAGGUGGUGGGAAAAAGGAGAAGCCCCCCAUCCGCGAUGAGCAUGGGAAGAUCCGGAUCCGCGGGGCGUUGUUGAGGACCUACAUCUUCAACAUCAUCUUCAAGACUCUGUUUGAGGUGGGCUUCAUCUUGGGACAGUACUUCCUGUAUGGCUUCCACCUGAGGCCGCUCUAUAAAUGUGGCCGCUGGCCCUGCCCUAAUACUGUGGACUGCUUCAUCUCCAGGCCGACUGAAAAGACGAUCUUCAUCAUCUUCAUGCUGGUGGUUGCCUGUGUCUCUUUGGUCCUCAACCUGCUGGAGAUCUACCACCUGGGCUGGAAGAAGGUCAAACAGGGCGUUACCAAUGAGUUUGUACCCGACAGUGAGUCGCUGCAGCUCAGUGGAGACGAACGUGGAGACGCAGAGACGAUUCCUGAGCAGACCUCUCCAUCGGUGCUCAACUGUUUGCCAACGUACGCCACUGUGAGCGUGGUGAGGGCCGGAGCAGCCGGGGAGGGAGCCUACAGCCCAACCGAGUCCUCCCCCACAGUGAUCUCCCUAAACCCUGACCUGGCCUCCGCCCCUGUACCUGCUGGAUUCAAGAUGGAUGCACUGCGCUCAGACGAGCUCCUGCUGGAGGCCUUGCCUGCUUCUUUUUACAGCAGCCGUGAGAGGGUGAGCAUCGGAAGCCAUGGACAGCUGGCAGCCAUGGAGCAGAACUGGAGCAACAUGACGCUGGAGCUCCACAGUCUGAACGGAAAGAACUCCUCCUCCUCCUACCCUCCUCCUCUCCCCUCGCCCCCCACCUCGGCGUCCUCCUCUCCUCAGGAGGAGACCCCGCCACCUCCGGACGAGGAGCAACGCACCACAUGUCCCACACUUCCUCGCAACACUCCUCUUUCAGCCCUCACACCGGACGAGACGUCGAUGGACGAGGACGACGCCGUCGCCGCGGCGCCUUGCCUGGUCCAGCACGACGACUUCACCGUGGUGACCAGGGCAGAGAUGCAUCAGCCUCCUGCAGCCGCCGGGACAGACAUCCGGAAGCCAAGUCGGGUCAACAAGAGCAGUGGUGUCCGAGCUCGCCCUGAUGACCUGGCAGUGUAG